CCUGCCCUCUCUGGUCCUGUCAUCUUUCAUCCUCCUGUGAGUCUGGACAUUGCUGCGUGGACGACUGAACACAGUUUAAUUCUGGAUCUAUUGUCCCACCUCAAAUAAUGACUGGGAACCGUCGAGCUCCCACGGCCUCACCAGGCACCUCAGCUAUCCCGACCCACUUGCCAAAUGCAACAACCACUCCAGGCCAAAAACAACCUGGAGGCCACAGUCACAACAAGUUCAUGAAUGAACUGCACAGCAUCCACACACCAUCAUGGGCUGUUGCUGCCCUUUGCCUCGUGAGUUUGUGUGUGGUGCUGUCGUGUGCUGUGUGUGUGUGGAAGAAGUGCUUGAAAAACAAGGACAAAGAAAAGGACAAGAAAAAGGGAAAAGAGAAGAGCAACAGAGGCUUUGACACUGAAAUGGAUGGAGGUUACAGCGAGCCGCUAAAAGAUGAAGGUAACAAAAAAACAGAGCCGUCAGAUAAUGAGCCCAAGGAUGAGGAGAAGCUGGGCCGACUACAUUUCACAUUAGACUACAACUUCACAGAUAAUACGCUGAUAGUCGGCAUCUUGCAGGCUGCUGAACUUCCUGCAAUGGAUGUGAGCGGUAGUUCUGACCCCUAUGUUAAACUAUAUCUGCUCCCGGACAAAAAGAAAAAGUUUGAAACCAAAGUCCAUAGGAAGACUCUUGAACCCAACUUCAAUGAGACUUUCACAUUUAAGGUACCAUACACUGAGCUGGGCGGGAAGACACUGGUGAUGACUGUGUACGACUUUGACCGUUUCUCAAAACACGAUGCCAUUGGAGAUGUGAAGAUACUGAUGAGCAGUAUGGACUUCAGCCAGUCUCUGCAGGAGUGGAGGGAUCUGCAGAAGGCAGAGAAGGAGGAGAGUGAGCGGCUUGGAGACAUAUGUUUGUCCUUGAGGUAUGUGCCUUCUGCAGGGAAGCUGACUGUGGUGAUUUUGGAGGCCAAAAACCUGAAGAAAAUGGAUGUGGGUGGAUUAUCCGACCCUUAUGUGAAGCUCCACUUAAUGCAGAAUGGGAAAAGACUCAAGAAAAAGAAAACAACGACAAAGAAGAACACUUUAAACCCUUACUACAACGAGUCUUUCAGCUUUGAAGUGGCAUGUGAACAGAUAGAGAAGGUGCAGGUAGCAGUGACUGUGUUGGACUAUGAUAAGAUUGGGAAGAAUGAUGCCAUCGGGAAAGUGCUGCUGGGCAUUAAAAGCACUGGGACUGAGCAAUGCCAUUGGGAAGACAUGCUGGCAAACCCUCGUAGGCCAAUAGCCCAAUGGCAUAGCCUCAAACCAGAGGAUGAAAUCAACGCCAUCCUUUCUAACAAGAAAUGAAACCGUGACCCCUGGUUUGGUGGGCCAUGACAUUGCAGCAUUUACCUCAACUACUUCCAAAUUGUGUUCCUAACUCUCCGCUAAUUUCUCAAAGAACCCUUUAAGCUUCUUAGCUCCGUAAAUCUAAACAAUAAUACCCCGUUUUACCCUUGACACUAUGCAAGUCACUCUUAUGGACUUUCUUCUUCCUUCAGUAACUUCCUCCUCACGCUUAGACCUAAACUGCAACAAAGAGUUGUAAACAAAGAUGUAUCACUAAUCACUAUUAUGUACAGUGCUA